GUUGCAUUCAUUGGUAUAUCUAAUUGGGCACUUGAUCCUGCUAAAAUGAACCGUGGAAUAUUUGUUCAGAGAGACAUUCCUGACUGUGAAGAACUAGAAAAUACAGCUAAAGGGAUUUGUGCCGUGACCUUAAGAAUUCCAGAUAUGCACCAGAAAGUCAUCAAACCGCUAGCUGCUGGUUACCUCGAGGUGUUUGAUCUUGCCGUUAAGUCAAAGGCAAAAAGGGAGUUUUUCGGAUUGAGAGAUUUCUACUGUCUGAUGAAACUGAUCAAUAGAUUCGUUGAUUGUUCAAAUCGACUUCCAUCAUUCCAUCAGAUGGUGUAUGCAGUACAACGAAAUUUCAGUGGCCUAGAAUUUGAGACAGAUGACACUGAUAGACCGCUGGACAUAUUCAUGAAUAAAAUCAAUUUGAAGCUUGAAACUCGGCGACGAAAAGAUGAUCCAGCGUAUGAUCUUCCGGCAUUGAUAAAAUCAUGUUUGACAGACAAAGGGAGCGGCAGUCGUCACAUGCUCUUAUUGACCGAGAACUAUAACGCACUGGCAACAUUUCAACAGAAGAUGCUUAAGAGUUCAAUCAAGCAGAUUGUAAUAUUUGGAAGCAGUUUUAGACGUGAUCAGGAAUACACACAGGUGUGUCGAAAUAUAAAUAGAAUAAAAUUGUGCAUGGAAACUGGAUAUACCGUGAUGUUGCUUAAUUCAGAAUCACUUUAUGAAAGUCUUUACGAUGCUUUGAACCAGUACUAUGUAUCCUUUGGUGGACAGAGAUUUGUUGACUUAGGACUAGGGAGGCACCGUGUAAAGUGCCCUGUUCACGACGAUUUUAAGCUCAUAAUUGUGGCUGAAAAACAGGUUGUAUACAAGGAAUUUCCGAUCCCACUGAUAAAUCGGCUUGAAAAACACAUCCUUACAUCAAACACGUUGCUUACAAAUGAACAAAAUGAAAUUGUUGAGGAUGUCAAGCAUUGGGCGCUCAAAUAUGUCAGUGAAGCACUUUCGAUCAGUGAAAAUGAUGUAACCGAGAAAGAUAUAGGGAAAGUGUUCAUUGGUUACCACGAGGAUGCUUGCAGUGCUAUUGUUCUAGCUAUAUCUGCGGAAAUGGAUGAAGUAUCUGAAGAAAAGUCUAGGCUUGUGCAAGAAGCAAAAGAGACACUGACAUGGUGUUCUACACCAGACGCUGUUGUGAGGCUAGGAAUAUCCAAAUUCCCGGAUUGGGAGAAUGUACAAAAUAUUUAUUGGGAAGGUCAAGCUCAUGAAUGCAUCACACAGUAUCUUCAUUAUCAGUUCAAAGAGAAGAAGUGCAUGAAGCUUUUUGCACAGGUGACAACGCAUGGAAAGUUGCUUGUCGCUACCCAUCUAACUACUUUGAGUGCAACGACAGGCAUUCCAGAGGAAAGAAUUCUCCUGCUUGAGUCAUUGACGGCAUUCGAUACUGAACAACAAUUCAAUAGUAAAAUAAGAAAACAUCUAGAUGCGGCCAAUGGGGAUUCAUCAUUGAUUAUUAUUCAGUGCGAAUCUGGAGAUACAUAUGCAAAUCUCAUUGCCUGUGCUAGGUAUAGCGUCUUAGAUGAAUGUGAAAAAUACAGAAAGAAACAUUGUCAAACAGUUCGAAAGGAAGCCAUAGAAAUUCAAACUCAUGUGCUGCUCAUUAUACAAAUGCCUACACAAACAAAUGGAAACUUUAGAAGCAUUCAGUGCGGUGAUUGGCACUCGGCUCAUAUUGAUCAUCUUCUUACCGCAAGCAUUGCAAUGCCAAGUAUAGUCGAAAUGCAAGGACGCUCUAUUGGAUUCCUAGUGAAAGAAGCCAUGAAUGUUCAAAUUAAGUGUAAACAGGAAGAGGAAGCUGAAAGCAAAGACGCAGUUGCAGAGGAGCAACCAGAUGUAACAGAACAUAAGGUUACUGUUGAUCUUAGAAGCAUUCUGUCAAUGUGUAUACAUGGAGCAAUGGCAAGGGUUAGGGAUGCAGAAAAUAAUGGUUACCGUACAACACAAAGGAUUUCGUUAUUAUUACUCCUUUUGCAAAACAGUGCCUCAAAUGAUGCUAUGUCGUUCUUGCAUGGAUUGAGCGUGCAGAUUUCACGCCUGUUGGAAGAUAAGGAGAAAAAUACGUCCAAUCCGCAAACAAGUGAUAAUUGGUUGGCGAAGAAAGCUGCUUCACAAGACGUUAUCCAAAAAACAGGAACGUUGCGUCGAGCUUGCCUUCAAGUUUUUGGAUCUGUCAUAACGCCUAUAUUGAGUGGCUUGAUAGCUUUCCUGGAUACUAAUCAAAACCUCAACAUUUUGCAAAUGGAAGAAUUGACAUGGCAGUACAUCUUAUGGCUGACAGUGCUAAAAACAGAAGACGCCAUUCCAUUAUCGUACCGGGAUAUGUUCCAAGACGGUAACUCAAAAACACAACGUGAGUUUCAUGUAAUCUGCACGGGUUCAAAUGGGAAAACUUUUCAGAGCAAAAUGCCAUUUUCUUGGGUGAUUUGUCAAAAGAUUGAAGAAGUCCUGCGACGCAAGCCAACACUCUCGGACAUAGCAAAUGUGGCUGAAAUAUUUGCUGAAACUCCGAUAGGAUCAACACUUGAAUGCGUACCACAAGAACAUAUUGAGGAAAUGGUUGACUUUUACAUUCACGAUUUCAUUCACAUGGAAUAUACCUUUGAGAAACCCAAAGAAUUUAUAGUUGUAUGCGAGUUUCUAAAAGCUAAAACGCUUGAACGGGCUGGAAAAAAAUCAGUUACCCUGACAGAUGUUCAUCUAGCAUAUAGGGAUAUUUCUGACAGCCUCAAAUACUUCAGAGAAAUCAAUCACACAUGGGAUCAAUGCAGCAAAGUCAUCAAAGAUUCUGUUGUCAAAUCACUACAGACAACUGAUAUUACAAUCAAAGCCUUGUAUUUAAUGAUAGAAGAUAUCUCAAGAAAAACAGAAGACGAAUAUGACUUGGCAGAACAAGCAGGAAGGGAAGAAUGGCUGAACAAUGUACAUCGUUGUAGACAUAUUAUUCAGCAAACACUAGCCCACUGCCUAAAAGAAAAGGAACAGACAGAAAUUGAAAAGAACAAUUUGCUUCAUAUCAGAUCAAUGUGGAAUCGUGUUGUUGUGUUACAACUGUUUUUAGAAGAUGUUUGCACUGCAAAUGGUGAAGAACGAAUAACUGUUGAAAUCAGCAUGGCACUAUGGGAGUCUCUUGAUGAGGAAGAUGAUAUGAAAAACAUUGAAACCCUUGAGAAACUUGAAAAGUUCUUGACCGCUUGUUAUGAAACAGCAAAAGCAGAAUAUGUUAGUAAAGCGGAAAAAUGCAGUAAAUGUGAAACAGCUUUGCAUCAUGACCGAAAACGUUUGCACUGUGGACACACAAUUUGUGAAUGUUGCCUCCAAGAACUUUUGUCUUUGAAAAAAGGACAACAGACAUGUUUCACGUGCAAGCAACAGUUACCAGAUGGAUGGGAGAAUUUAGAAAAAAGUGUUGAAACGGACACACCAGACAGACUUCAAGACUAUCAAAAAAGGUGCAACACAUUUUUCAUGGAUGUAGUGUCUCAGCUAUGUUUUUCCGAGGGACAAGCGCCAUCUGAAAAAGUUGUUGACAGACUGAUGAACUAUUCAUUACAAUACAGCAAUGGAGCAGAGAAUGUUGCUACUGGAGUGGACCCUGAUGAUGCCUUUAAAGCAUUUAUUCUUAAACAUCUUAUAAGGAUAAAUGAAAAAGGUUUGAAAGAACGCGUAAACACAUAUCUAAAUGAACUCCAACGUACUUCGACUGGGGAAAGUUUAGCUCUAGAUGACAAGCGAACAAAUUCCCUUCUUCUAGUUGUAUGCUGCAUUGAGGAUAAUUUGAAUGAAAGAUUCAGCUGUAGUAAUGUAUCAGAUGCGGUACUGGCUGUGGAAGUCCUCAAUGUUUCGUAUCAGCUGUUGGAGAAAGGCAGUUCUCUCGUUGAUAAAGUUUAUGGAGUAGCAAAUGCAAGAACAGGCUUGGGCAUAGUGGCAAAAUACAUUUGUAAUUUAGUCAGUCAAAAACAUCUUCAUGAGAACAAGAGCAAUGAUGGUGUCACGGUGAUGCUACAUAGCGCGAAAAUACUAUGCAGCCUGCAUUGGCCAUGGAAGUACCUUGUAAAGUGUAUUUUCAAUAUCGGUGGGACGGACGCUCUUUUGACUGCAUGCAAAACAAAGGAUUCGUCACUCAACUGGCUUUAUAACGAAAAUGUCAUGAAAGACAAGGUUACAGAUGCCAUUGACAUGUACUUAUGCUGCGGAGACCUGUAUAUGACGAUACGACAGAAUUUAAUGGAAGCAGUUCGUAUAGGAAAUGCUGACAUGUUUUUGGAACGAUUAGAGCAACUACCGCAAAUGCAACCGGAAUACAGAAGAGUUCUUUUUGAACUAGCUGUGCACAGAGAGAUAAUACUUCCUAAAAGUAUAAAAAACAUCACAAGGAACGAAGAGGUUCUUAAGAAAAUAGCAGAAUGCUGUAGUGGCACUGAAGAGGAGUUUACAACGUAUGAAUUUGAAGGGACACCUUUUCACAUUGAUGGGAAUGAGCCUGAUCUUUAUGUUUCUGUGAAAUGUUUGAUAUUUCAUUGGUGCAGAGUACUUUGUCACGUCAAUAAGGACAGUUUGCCAAAACCGGUCAGACACUUGAAAGAUCUUGCAGAAAACCCUGGCCAAUUUUCAAAUGCCUUUCUUCCAACAAUGCCUCAGGAUGACAUAGCUGACCUAAGAGAUAUUUUGCAAAUGACGGCCAAAGAAUCAAAAGAAUACACUCAAUAUGAGAACCCAACACUAUACAUAUGCCCAAACGGACAUCCCUACGAAGUUCGUGAUUGCGGUAGACCAUAUUAUAUCGGAACAUGUUUGUGUGGUGCAACAAUUGGUGAAAAGAGCCAUAAACUAGACGAAGAUAAUUCCAUGGAUACGGGCAUUGAUAGAACUAAGGUUGGGCAUAUUCUUGGUACAGCAAGCAGCCGAAAUGAUGGUCCUAUUCCAGAAAGGUCUUUGUCCCGGUUAUACUCUGCAAGUACAAGGAUAGUCCUACAUUUAGCAAUGUGUUCAAGCUGUUGCAAAGAUACAAAGGUUGUCUGCUCAUUGAUUAACCCGCCCGUCGAAGAAGAAGAUAUCUUUCGUUUCUUGUUUGAACAUUUACUGAAGGAUUUUGAAGAUUUGCAGCUUGUUUUGAGUUGCAAUGUUGAUGAUGUGCUUAUUCUCUUUCAUCACCUGGCAAAUAACCUCAUGCAGAUUGAAGAAACAGAUUUCGAAGAUAACAUUAAUGAGUUAUCAUGGCUUUCAAAAGAAGGAAGGGGAAAUUGGGAAAUAACCUUUGCUGAGUCUAUUUUGAAGCCUUUGUUUGAGAAUAGCCAAUCUGUACUAGCUGAAAUGAAAAUUAGGCUUCAAGGUUCUAAUGCCUUGCUACGUAUGGUUGCGGAAGCGGAAGAAACAGAAAGAAGUAUGGCAGUAUUAGAAAAUCUUGAAGAAGAGAGUAAACUUUGGAAUUACAGGGCACCGAUUACACUGCAAAGUUUGACCAAAGAGUUUGAACGAAAAGCAUUAAUGGAGAAACAAAACGUUAAUCAUCAGUUCCUCCGAGUAUUCCUUUCAGAUGUCACCAUUCUUCAAGCAAUUCGAUUCAUUCCAAACAUACUAAAGCUUCACAGGGCAUUGAUGAAUCGUUACUGCUACAAGCUCUACCGAACGGAGGCAACAAGUAUUACAGUUGGCAAGCUACGAGAAGAUCGAAUUGCAGCUGAUGAAACAGACAGACUUAUAGAUGACACCAUUAAGGCAUGGGAUAUUAUUCGGAAAGAAUUAAAGGGUCAUGUUCUUACAACAGAGGAUCGAAGACUGGCAGUGCCAAGGGAAAUAAGUGAUGUUCGUAUAACAGACACGUCGCCGAUAUCUAUCCUAUUACCGUCAACUGAGGGCCAAAGCCUUUGCACAUACGCAAUGUUGGAUUUGCUUGUCCGCCAUCAAAAUGCCAUUUUAGAAAAGUACAAAAUGAUAUACGGACACAAAGGGAAAAUGUUAUCUGUCCUUCCGAGGGAUUUAACAGUAGCGCAUGUUAUGAGUUUUGAUCCGCAGUACGAUAUCCAGCCACUUAUAUUGGCAAAUUGUACAUUGCACAUGGAAAAUGUCACAGUUGAAUACGACUUUGGAGGGAUAGAACGACAACUGAUUGAUAGAUUUGUUUCAACGAAAUCAAUGAUUACGUUACAAAAAUACCUGAAGGUUGACCUAAUGGUGUACAGAACAGACAUGAAAGACGCAGAAUCCUUGGAAAAAAUAGAAGCACUGAUUCCUCAGGAAGAACUUGAUGGAAGAUAUGCGACACAGAUAUGCUCUGAAAUUGUUGACAUUCCAUCCUUGUGUCAGAUACUCGAAGCGUUGGAUAUCACAAUAAGUUUCUUGAACAUUACUGGUGGAAAUGCAACUAGAUAUUUGAAUGAAUAUAUGGAAAAGACAUUAGAAAUGAACAGCAGUGCUGUACUGACACAAAAGAUACAACAAAUAUGCCAACUCAGGCAUAUAAAGUCUUUAUGGAUGAACAUAUCUUUCAAAAAGUCUAUGUUGAUGGUUGCAGAUGGAAAAACAUCAAAGGAUGUGUUUGAAAUUGUCCCUGAUGUAUUUCACGUUCCUCUUCCGGACGAUCAGUAUGAGGGAUGUCAUCAAUUUCUGCAUGACUCCAAAGACGACGACCUGGAUAGUUUAUUGGAAGUACUGUUUAAGUAUCUCGUACUUCAUUUGACAAGGAGAGAAAGAGAAAAUGAUACAGAGUUUCCGUUAAAGUCAUGCCUCGAGGAAGUUUCUGAUCAGUGUACAUACCCUUCAUUGCUGGAGACGUUGCAGUCGAAACACAGUGCCAAGCUUUGGACCACUGCAUCGCAGAUACUACUAGAAAGAAAGGAUGGAAAACAGUUUAACUGAAAAGCCACAACAAACAUUACAUUUGUCACUCGUAAGAUGUGUGAUUUCCACAAGGAAACAGUAUCAUUAUUUCUAUAUAUAUCAUACUUCCGUCAGAGAAUAUUUAACGUUGUGUUGCUUUUACAAAAGUUUGACAGGUUAGUAGUAAUAAUUGGUUUAGUGUUGUCAAAGUGAAAUACAUGCAUAAUGUCUCGAAUGAUUGAUUAUCUGUUAUUAAUUCCUGUUCCUGUAUGAUAUCUACGUCCUUGCUUGCAUGCAUUCAUGUUGAUGAAUAUUGAAGUAUAUCUUCUUUAAAAUAAUUGCUUUAUAUAUACAUGUAUAUUUAAUAUAUCUUAUGAUGUCGUAGUGUUUUAUUUGAUAUAUUACUGAGCACAUCCCUUUAUUCACACACAAAAUUCACACAAAACGUAUAUUGUUCGUAAAACAUUUUAUUGCUGUGUGUAUUUUGACAAUUUUAUUAGUGUGCCUUAUUCACAAGUUUGCUUUAGUAAAAAUGAAUACAGUAAAACUGUGAUGUAAACCGGACCUUGACUGGAUCAAGUAAAAAGUCCGAUUUCAGAGGAUUUCUGUUAUAAUAUAAUUAUAGUGUUUUUAAACAGAGUUAUGUGAGGUGGUUUAUUAACAUGUAUUUUGUUUACGGUCUUGUAGUAUUCUUUUUAAUGUGCAUGAAAUAUUUAUGUUAUAUACCACAUAGUAUGACUGUUUAAAUGAACAAAUUGAAUGCACAUUGAUCUAAAACUGAAUGAAAAAAGGCCUGAAUUUGACUAUUAUUACUAUAUAUUAUCCAUUAGAAUAAGUGUGGAAUAUCUCGAAUGUUUGAUUAUAUAUUAUUUUAAUCCUGUAUGAUAUCUACUUUCUUGCAUGUAUUCCUGUUGUUUAUGCAAAAUAUGUCUUGUAAAAAAAUUUUCCCUACAUAUACAUGUACAAUGUAUAUUAUAUCUUUUGAUGUUGUAGUGUUUUAUUUGAUAUAUUACUGAUAUGCUAUUUACGUGAAAUUCAGCGGCACAUCCUUUUAUUCACUACAUAUACAGUAACAAAACGUAUAUUGCUCGUAAAACUUGUUCUCUUAAUAAUUUAUUUUUCUAUGAACAUUGAGAAUUGUAUUGAUGUGCAUUAUUCACAUGUUUGCUUUGGUAAAAAUGAAUACAGUAAAAUUGAUGUAAACUGGACUUUGACUGGACCAAGUAAAAAGUCCGGUUUCAGAGUAUUUCUAUUAUUAUUAGACGGUUUCAGACAGUGCUAUUUGGGGUUGUUUAUUCACACAUUUUAU